AUAAAUGAAUUAUCCAAAAACAGAAAAUAUAGUAGUUAUUUGACAAAAGAAAUAUUUAUUAUUUCACAAACGGAAAAAAAUUUUCUGCAUUCAUUUCAGGCUUUUGUGCUCGUUGCUCGCUCUCGAAUACUCCCCACAUUCAUUAACUGGCAAUAUCUUCAAUACGGAAGCAAGAAAAACGAUUUUUUGAUAUAUCCGUUUUAUUAAUAGCUUUUAUAUUUGCUUAAUUGUAUUGUUGACAAACGAUAAAAAAUCUUACUGUAAUCAACUUCGUUUAUUUGUUCUAAAUGAACGAUCUCUACAAUCUGAAUGAUUUCCAAUCCGACAUCAAACUUACCGGCUAUUGCUUUAAAGCUCCAACUUCUUUAGAGGGAGUAGACAAUAUUGCAAUUGCUCAUGGCGUUAGAAAUCGAGAUAAACUACCAGUUGUAGCUAAAUUGUCACACCAGCCAUUACGAUUAGAAAGAGAGUAUCAUAUUGUACAACGGUUGUAUAGGCAAAGAACAUCUAAGGAACUUUUAUGUAAACCUUUGGAUAAAGUUUUGGUUUCGAACGGGUUGACUGCAUUUAUAUACGAAGAUGUUAGGAGUAACAGAUUAGAGAAAUGCUUACUGAAUCAUAGUAUUAAUGAUGGGUCAGACAACCAUCCCUUAACAGCCCUAAAUGAUGUGUCCAAUAUGAUGACAAAUAUUGUUGAGCCUUAUUUUUCUCUCAAGGUGUUUCUCGACUUUGCGAUUCAGUGUUGCGACUGUUUAGAAUUAAUACACAAGCACCAAGUUAUACAUGGUGAGAUCCGAUUAAAUGCUUUUCUAUGGCCUCACAAUAAGCCAGUCAAAUUAUGGAACUUUGGCUCAGGCUCUCGUAGUUUGGAACAAAGUUUGACAUCUGAAGGUUGGAGAAAGACCGUGCAACGAAAUGGUGCCAGCAAUUUUUUGCAAAUGCUUAUAUACAUGUCUCCAGAGCAAACCGGAAGAACCACAUUUCAGCCUGAUCAUCGAACAGAUUUAUAUAGUUUGGGCAUCGCUUUCUUUGUUGCCUUAACCCAAACGCUACCUUUCUCACAUAACAGCCCCAUGGAAAUUGUACAUAAUGUUCUCAAUAAAAAACUGCCUUACGUUCACGAAGUUAGGGCCGACACGCCUGUGGCUCUUUCAAUGAUAAUUGAGAAAUUAACAAACAAAUCUCCAGAUGAACGAUAUACCAGUGCUCAUGGUGUAAGGGAAGACCUAAAAGAAUGUUUAAGAGAAAUAAACAGUAAUGACGGCAAUAUAAACCCUUUUCCUCUUGGAAAGCACGACAUUGCUAGUAUUUUCACAUUACCUAACAACGCAUGUUUUGGUCGCAGUCGUGAUCUCAACCUCAUCAGCAGCAUCAUCAAAAGGACAGCCUAUAUGUGUGGAUCAAGACGGCGACGAGCAAGCUCUACCAGUAUUACAACUCCAUUAUCAUCCAUGUUUAGCUCUCUAGCAUUAAUAACAGAAGAACCAUCAGCAUCAUUUAAGAGGGUCAACAAUCGCAGCGAAACAAUGAAUGGUAGAAGCAGCAACAAAAUACACCACAAAAUCAGAAGACACACCGAGAUCAUUGCAAUUUAUGGAAAUGCAGGUGUAGGAAAAUCAACCUUGGUGCGAAAUGUACAGCAAUUUGCUCGAGAGUACGGUUACAUCGCUACCGCCAAAUUCGAUACGCGUCAACCCACACCCUACGGUUGUAUAUUGAGAUGCCUAUCAAGCUUCUUGAAGAGUAUAUUAGCUGAACCAUCAUCCGAAAUUGAACGAUUUCGUCGAAUGCUCAUAGAUCAAUUAGGUGUAGAAACCAUAUAUCAAUUACCAACCCUACUUGUCGAUAAUGUACCCGAACUCGCGUCAUUUCUAGAUCAGCCUUUACAAAGAGUAUCUACAGGAAGCAGUGCAAGUUUAAACUCUACAGGCUGUGAAUAUGAUAUGGAGGGUGGUGAAAUCAGAUUGAGAUUCCACUCAACCUUUCUCGAAAUUUUUCAAGUUAUGGUUAAUUUUAAAUUUGUUACCUUGUUUCUGGAAGAUUUACAUCAAGCAGACGAAGCUUCGAUAGACCUUCUAGAUUCUCUUAUAUCAGCUAAACUCAACCUUUUGAUUAUUUUGACUUAUCGAACACACGAAGUGUCACCAUCAAUUACAAAACUCCUGUCAAAUGAAGACUCCAUUGUGAGCUAUGUCAAAAUCGAAAAUUUGGAUCAAACUGCUCUAAUGGAACUUGUGCGCACUACUAUGCAUCGAAUGAAAGAGAUUGAUUUAGCUUUAUUGGCUCCCUUGGUAGAGUUCAUAUACAAACGCACUAAUGGCAAUCCAUUUUAUGCUUGCCAGCUGUUAACAACCUUAGCAAGAAAGAAUCUGAUUUAUUUCACUUGGGAAGAAAGACGCUGGGAAUACAAUUUGCAAGAGAUUGAUAAAGCUUUGUCUACAGAAAUACAAGUUGAUCAAGAUGGUGACGUUGACAUAGAAUUUCUUGUUCGUCGUUUGAAGGAAUUGCCGAGAGAUGGACGAAAAUUUCUCACAUGGGCGUCGUUUAUUGGCAAUAGUUUCAGCUAUGAAACUGUGAGGAAUUUGAUGAUUGAAAAUGACGAUGUUGAUGAGCAGGCGGAUGAAAGUACCGCAGAUAUGUAUAGUGAUGAUGAAAGUGAAGAUAAUUAUACAACUUCUGAAAACGAGGAAGUAGCAGAUGAACCCAUACAUACCAGACGCUUAUCGAUGAAGUCUUCUAAAUUUACAGAUGAACGUGCUUUUCGUCGGCAGAAAUUCGAUGCAAUCAAUGGUUUGCAGUCUGCUUUGCAGCAAGGAUUUAUUCAAGCAUUUAAUAAUGACGAAUUUCGCUUUGCGCACGAUCGAUACUCACAAGCUGCUAUGGCGCUAGCGUCACCAGCUGUCAAAGAAGAUUAUCAUUUACGAAUAGCUAAUCAUUUCAUGGUACAAGAUAAAGUGGAUAAGUUUUGGGUUGCUGACCACGUAAGAGCUGCCAUUCGUCUCAUCGAAAAUGUGUCUAUUCGAUCUGGCUAUCGGAAGAUAUUAAUACAAGCGGGUGAUAAAGCUUUUGAUUCUGGCGCCCACAAACUUGCUUUCAGUUAUUAUUUGGCUGCCCAACAAUUAUUAACAACAUCAGAAGAUCCUUGGAAAGAUGGCGUUGACUCAAGAUAUACUGAAACAUUACACCUCUAUACACGUCUUGCGGAAAUCAGCUGGGUUAUGGAUUACAAUUUAACGCGCGAUUACUUAGAUACAAUACUUGUGCAUGCUAAGUCUGCUAUUGAUCGUGCGGCUGCUUAUCGUGUUGAACAUCGUUAUCGCUGGUCUCGUACUGGUUGCAAAAAAAGUGCCAACAUUUUGUUGGAAUGUUUGAAGGAGUUAGGAAUGGAUGAUAUAGAGAUGAAUCCAUCAGAAGGCGAUUUGGAGGAUUUAUAUGUUGUGACACAUAAUGAGGUGCUGGAUGUUGGUUUAUGCGAAAUUCUGGAGUUACCUGUCUGCGAAAGUCGCUUAAUCCGAACCAGAUUUGCAAUCAUGGAAGAGCUUUGUAUGUGGGCAUAUUGGACCAAUGAUAUGAAAGCCAUGCUAUCGGUAGGUUCUCAUUUUGUUUUGAAGACAUUAAAAUACGGUACAACACCUACUACAGGUGUAGGUUUUGUCUUUUUUGGUAUCGCUGCAAUGCAAUUAUUCAAGUCUUAUGAGUUCGGUGAACAAAUUGGUGAGGUUGGUGUCUCCUUAUGUAAUAGUUAUGGCGCAAAUGCUGAGUCCGCUCGUGCAAAAUAUCUUUAUGCUACCUAUCUCUCCUCGUGGAAGCACCCUUAUCAAAAGUCAAUUUUUAUGGCUCGGCAGGCUAUAAAGCAAGGAUUAUUAGGUGGUGAUCGAGUACAUGCUACUUUUGCACGUCUUUACGUCGUCAAGGGUAGUUUAAUGUGCGGUGAGAAUGUGUCUGAUGUCUUGCGUGAAGCCAAAAGUUGCCUAGAAGAAAUUGAUAGUCUUGGGGAGACAGUAGGUGCUGCUGCAAUGGCUACAACCAUUAUCCGCGUAAUUACUGCUGUGCAGGGCAAGACAAAGCUGGAUGAAACAUCAAUUUUUGAUGACGAGGACUUCCGAGAAGAUACCUUUUUAGAGCAAGCUAAAUCAGGUCACUUGGAUUUGACUAUCCAACUUUACUAUUACUAUUCCAUGAAGUCUUUUGUACUCAGCUUCUUCGGUUUCGACGCUGCGUCAAUCAAAUUUAGUUCGUCAUAUAUCCAUAAAGCAGAUUAUCAGCCAUCCUCUCGUCAUACACAUUUAAUGUAUUUUUUCAGAUGUAUCAGCUUCAUACGUUUAAUCAGAAGUAAUGAUUUACCACAAAAUGAAAUCGGCAGCUUAGAGAAGACUAGGGCGAAAUUGGCUGACUGGGCAGAGCACGCCCAUCCUGCCAAUGUAGACAUGUUUCUCACUUGCAUCGAUGCAGAACUAGCUUGCCUUAACGGAGAUCCUCUAAAAGCUCAAAAACUUUAUGAUCAUGCUAUUUGUCAAGCCAAAGAAGGAAAAUGGCCUGUAGAAAUCGCUAUCUUUCAAGAAUUAGCAAGUGAUUGUUAUCUUCGUCAGGGCCUUCCGUCUGUUGCUUUACCUUUGCUUAAAGAAGCCCUUUCUGUCUAUCGUCAUUUAGGUAUGUAUGGAAAGGUUGCACAGCUUGAAAAGAAGAAUGGAGCCUCCCUUCGCGAGUUUACCAGACCAACAAAAGCAAAAGAAGCCAGUGUACAAACGGAUCCAUGUCAAUUUUCAAACAAGCGCGAUUCUCUAGGUCUGUUCCACUCGACAGAGCCGUGCACAGUUGAUAUGCUUCAUCCUAGUCAGCAAAAUGAUAAUAGUAAGACGUCUGAUCCUGAGGAUAUGAUAUUAACUUUGGAUGUUGUCGAUUUGGCGUCUAUAUUAAAAAGUUCACAAGUCAUAUCCAGCGAAAUGAAUUUUGAGCUAUUAUUGAAGCAAAUGCUAGGUAUUAUUCUAGAAAACUCUGGGGCUGAAUCUGGUGUUAUCAUUGUUAAGGAGAACACGUCAUUUUACAUUGUCAGCUGCGGUUCCCAAACUGAUGGUUGUGAAAUUUUUGCAUCGCCAAAGUUACUAUCGGAAGAAGCAGACUCCAUAGUUACGCGUAUAUCACAUUAUGCCAUACAUACCCAAGAGUCGUUGUUUAUCAAAGAUAUUCAAGAUGAUUCUCGUUUCUCUGAUUGUACAACUCAGCCCAAAUCUUGUAUUUGUACACCUAUCAUUCAUAAAGCGGCAGUGGUUGGUUGUAUUUAUAUUGAAGGAGCCGUCGGAUCGUUGACUUGCCGCCAUGAAAUUGUCCUUCGACUUUUGUCACAACAAAUUGGUAUCUCUAUCACUAACGCGCUUCUGUUCAAGAGUAUACAAAAAGUGACUUAUGCGAAUGUCAAAAUGAUUGAAAAUCAAAAGGCGGCGUUAGAAGAGGCUCGCAAAAGUAAAGAGGCGGCCCUCUAUGCAAUGAAACUGAAGGCUGAUUUCCUUGCCAAUAUGUCGCAUGAGUUGCGUACACCAUUUUCUGGAUUCUAUGGUAUGAUCUCUUUGUUAUCAGAAACUGUUCUGGAUGCUGAGCAGCAAGAUAUUGUGCAUACGGCGAAAGAAAGCUGCGAGAUGUUGUUGAAAAUUAUCGAUGAUUUACUUAAUUUUUCAAAGCUUGAAGCUGGUAAAGUAGUCUUAGAUUUGGCACCAUUGGUGAUUGAAGAAGUGAUAGCAGAUACGAUCGAGAUUCUUAGCUCUCUAGCAGACAGAAAAGGUCUCGAUUUGGUCUACAUUAUGGAUCCAGCUGUGCCUGAAAAUAUCGUUGCUGAUUCCUCUCGCUUACGGCAAAUUUUGACGAAUUUACUGGGUAAUGCUAUCAAGUUUACUCAUCAGGGAGGUGUUAUCAUCAAAUGCCACCUUGUUGAUAACAAUAUCGAAAUGGACGGUAAUGACGACCUUAUUCGGUUGAAAUUUGAGGUGAUUGAUACAGGUAUAGGUAUCCAUCCUGAUAAGCAACGUCUGUUAUUCGAGCCAUUUUCGCAAGUAGAUGGUAGCACUACUAGGAAAUAUGGUGGUACAGGAUUGGGGUUAUCUAUUUGUCUUCAGCUCGUUCGCUUAAUGAUGGGUGAUAUAGGUGUUGAAUCACAACCUGGAAACGGUUCCAACUUUUGGUUUACUAUUGUCGUCAACAAAGAAAAGAAAAAACUCGAAGAUGCCAGUGGUGUAAAAAAAAUGACAGCUUUGAGUUUAUCACUAAAAGAUCAGCAAAUUCUUUUGGCUAGCCCUAGCCAACUUAAUUCUGCAAUGAUUAGAUCACUUUUACCCAAUAAUAUGGUCAAGCAUACUACGGAUAUGCACCAAGCGGUGCCUCAAGCUCUUCAAGGCCGCCACCUAAUCUUGAUUCUAGAUUUACCAGCAAAACCGAGUAAUUCUAUCGCACAUCAGAUGCAGAGUGUUGACGAUGAUCCGGAAUGUGAGUUACAUAUCAUUCUUUUAUAUACGCCUUCAACAGAUGGACAUAAAUUGGCAGCAGAAGCAAUCAAUUCCGCUUCCGAGCGCCGUGGCCGCCUUGUAAAAAUGGCAAAACCAGUGCGACGAGCGAAACUGUUAACCAUGUUAGAGCAAGUUCUGGAUGAGCAGCGCACAUCUCCUUUGCCGAAAAUAUCGACACCAUUGGGAACAAAAAUGAAAGACUAUUUCGAUAAGGAUGAGCUUUCAUGGUACGCUAAUAAGCCUGUUUUGAUUGCGGAGGAUAAUAUGGUAGCCCAAAAAUUACUUCGGAAGCAGUUGGAAAAGAUGGGUUUUAUGGUGGAGAGCACUAACAAUGGAGAGGAAGCGGUUAAUUUGUGGAAAAAUCGACCACCUAAUUAUUAUUGUAUUGGCUUUUUUGACCAUCAUAUGCCAAAGUGUGAUGGUGUUGAAGCAACAAAACGGAUUAGAGCUCUGGAAGCAGGUUCGAAUAGGCGAUUACCUAUUGUUGCUCUCACAGCUGAUAUACAAGCGUCUGCAAGGGAAAUUUGCGUAGAAGCUGGUAUGGAUGGAUAUUUGACAAAGCCACUGAUUCCAAAGGAUUUGGCUGCAACAUUAAAAAUGCUACGUCCUGCUAUACAGAGGCAUUAUUGCGAUACACCAAUAUCUUCUACACCCUCUUCACCGUUAUCAAUUAUUUAGAAAAUCAUUUAUGUUGUUUUCGCUUUUGCGUUGACGAGGUCUAUAUUCUUUAACUUAUUAUUUAUUAUUUAAUGUUUAAUUCUUUUUUUGUUAUAAUACACUUCGCUGCACUGUGCUGGCAAUAAAUAGCGUUUACUAACCGUUUUUCGUAAACUAAUGCUAAACGAACGGUUUUACGAUUUUUUUUUUU